UAAUAUAUUUUAAAGAUGAGAAGAAGUCCACGCCCUAUUUUUCGCAGCUGUACUGUAGGUGUGCUGUUCCUCCAUGACUCAUCCAGGCCUGCAGGGGGCGCUCUCGGCGGCGUGAGCGCUGAGCAGCCGGAUGUUGACAGGCCUGCUGCUGAGGCUGUGGCUGCUGCUAUCACGUUUCCUCCUCAGGCUGCACAUCUUACUAGAACUUUCCUGAACCACAAACAGAGCCACAGAAACGACAUGGCAACCGAGCGAAGCUUCACAGAUAGCUUCAUAGACGAAGAUCCACAGAGAGCUCUGCAGGCACUUAAUGAAGCCCUGCAAGGAGAGUCUGACAAUGCUGAGUGGUUCUGCCAGCGUGCCUAUGCUCACAUACUCCUCCAAAACUACAGCUGUGCUGUUGAUGAUGCCAAAAAAGCCCAGCAGUUACAACCCAGACUCCCUCUUGCCUUCAUGAGAACAGGAAUUGCAGAAUACCACCUGAACCACUAUGAGUCAGCACAUGCAGCGUUCACUCAGGGACACCAACUGGAUGUUUCUGACAAAUCAUUUGAGGUCUGGAUGAAACGGUGUGAGGAGAUGAUGGGGGAGACGACACAGCUCAGCAACGACAACGAGACAUCUACGGCUCCACCUGUGAAACAUGACUGGUACCAAACAGAGUCUCAAGUCAUCAUCACAGUCAUGGCUAAAAAUGUACCCCAGGACGGUGUGUGUGCCAACUUCAUGGAAAAAGAGCUCUCUUGUAUGAUACGUCUGCCGUCGGGGGAGAGCUACAACCUCAUCUUCAAUCUCCUGCAUCCCAUCAUCCCCCAACAGAGCAGCUUCAAGAUCCUCAGCACUAAGGUGGAGUUCAAGAUGAAGAAGACAGAUGCCAUCAGAUGGGAGAAGCUGGAGGGAGAAGGACAGGAGUCCAACAUCAAACACUUCAAUCCCAACCAGUACCCGACAUCGUCUCACUCCGCCGGUAAAUGGGACAAGGUGGUGGAGGACAUCAGUGAGGAGGAGAAGAACGAGAAGCUGGAGGGAGACGCAGCGCUCAACAAGCUCUUCCAGCAGAUCUACUGCGACGGCUCGGACGAGGUCAAACGAGCAAUGAACAAGUCCUUCAUGGAGUCAGGUGGUACAGUCCUGAGCACCAACUGGAAAGACGUGGGCAAGAGAAAAGUGGAAGUUAGCCCACCGGACGACGCAGAGCAUAAGAAGUACUGAGCACCUCCUGUCCCUAUCUCUCCCUGCUUUCACUUCUUCCCCUUCUUCUUUCUUCACUUUCGUCCAUCUUCCUCCUCUUCCUCCUCGUCCUCAUCUUCCUUGCAGCCCCUCAGUCAUGCUGUUGCUCCGUCCUUCUCACUAAGUGCAGGGAGCUUCAGUGUUCCCACUUUCUGUUCUUUGCCUACUCUCUGCAAUAACCAACAACCUUAUGGGGUCAAAUAACUUCCCUCAUCUCUUCAUUGGACUCGGUUUCUCUCCUCUGAAAGGCCCGUGGACUCAGAGAUUCAGAAGUGACUGACAGACGUGAACUUUUCAAUCUGCUUUUAGAAACAUCAUUCUUCUCUCCUCCUCCUCCUCUCUUUUCCUCCUGGUUGUUUCUCAGCCUUUCUUUUAAGGAGCCUUUUUAUGACUUCUGUUAUCAGCUCUUGUAUAAAACUGUAAAAUUGUUAAAAAUAAUACCAGUUAAAGUUUAAAUGAAGAUUCUGAUUUCAUUUCUUGGCUCUUCUCUGUUCACUCAGUAAAAAGUCAACAGCAAUACUGACUUGUCUGAGGUCUGUGUGACACGUCAGCCAGGGGCUUAUUACUGCUCGCUCCCUCAGUGUGAUUCAAGCUUCAGUGUAAAUAAAAGAUUUGUUGUUUGGCUCACAAA